AUGAAGUGGGACGGUGUUCCAGGGAACUUGGGCCACAUCAUUCCCACCGUGAAGGUGAAUUCGGAUCUGUGGACUUCAGACACUAACAAGAUCAAAGACCUGCAGCGGCUCAACGGUGAUUCCGAGUUGGCAGCUGCGCUUCUGAUAGCCUUUUGGUUCAGGAACGACAGUGACAUUUGCCACUGGUUGAAGAGAGAGCUUGCCGACAUCGUGUUGGAAUUCUACAGCUACGGCGUGGGCUCGCAGUUCGACUUGGCAAAGUUCGGCACCACGUUACCUAACCUACUAGUAGGUCUGGUCGAAGACGAAGAACGGGACCGGCAAGUCAUUGGACUCGGGGCGGCCGACAAGCGCCUUGUCCUAGCGAAGAUGGUGGACGGCGCAAUGACCGAAAUGGCCAUGUCGGAGGACAAGGCGAUCGAGGCCUUGUUGAGCAAAGGGAGCUACAUGCGGGGAUGGCACCCUGGCCUUCCCAUUCACAUGUCAUGA